AUGGAGACCACACAUUUAAUUAUUUUGUCACCCCAUCUUUCUACUAGAUUCAUCAACAAUAUAGAAACCAGAAACCAAACAAUUAUUUCAGAAUUCAUUCUAUUGGGAAUGUCAGAGGAUCAAGAACUGCAGCCCCUCAUAUUUAGCCUGUUUCUGAUCAUGUACCUGGUCACAAUCAUUGGGAAUCUGCUCAUAGUCCUGGCUGUCAGCUCUGACUCCAACCUGCACAACCCCAUGUACUUGUUUCUCUCCAAUCUAUCUUUUAAUGAUAUCUGUUUGAGCACAACUACCAUCCCAAAGAUGCUCGUGAACAUACAGACACAGAAUAACAGAAUCACUUACAUAGGUUGUCUCACCCAGAUUUUCUUCAUCUCAUCUUUUACUGGUUUUGAAAAUUUUAUUCUUGCUGUAAUGGCCUAUGACCGCUAUGUGGCUAUUUGUCACCCAUUGAGGUAUACAGUCAUCAUGAACUCCUACUUCUGUGGACUACUGAUUCUACUUUCUUUGUCCACUAGUAUGAUGAAUGCCCUGCUCCACAGUCUGAUGGUUUUGCAUCUGUCCUUCUGCACAGACCUAGAAAUCCCUCAAUUCUUCUGUGAACUUAUUCAGGUCUUUAAUAUUGCCUGUUCCAGUACUCUCAUCAAUAAUAUUCUGAUAUACUUAAUGGGUUGCAUACUGGCUGGUAUCCCUGUAUCUGGCAUCAUAUUCUCAUACAUUCGCAUCAUCUCCUCUGUUUUGAGAAUGUCAUCAGCUGGGGGAAAGUACAAAGCUUUUUCCACCUGUGGAUCUCAUCUUUCAAUUGUUUCUUUAUUCUAUGGGACUUCUAUAGGUGUGUACUUCAGUUCACCAUUUUUAAACUCUCCCAAGAAGACAGCAGCUGUUUCAGUGAUGUACAUUGUGUUCCCCCAAAUGAUGAAUCCUUUUAUUUAUAGUCUGAGGAAUAGAGAUAUAAAGGUAAGUUUGAAGAAAUUCUUUAGUAGAAUACAUUGCUUUUAG